ACACUAUGUCUCUCAGUAGUAGUAGCAGUAGGAGUAGGAGUAGUAGCAGUAGUAGUGCCUCCUGCUGGCUGACCGCAAUCCCACUAGAGCAACACGGAUUCACUUUGCACAAAUCUGCGUUUCGGGAUGCCCUGUGCCUCAGAUACGGUUGGCACCCGUCCAACCUCCCAGACAUAUGUCCAUGUGGAUCUAAAUUCUCAGUAGAUCACUCUCUGUCAUGUCCAACAGGAGGAUACCCCAGCAUCCGCCAUAACGAGGUCCGCGAUUUAUUUACCAACUUGUUGACAGAGGUUUGCCACGAUGUACACAAAGAGCCCGUUCUGCAACCUCUCAACGGCGAGGUGUUUCAAAAACGCUGUACUACCUCUGACGAAAAUGCCAGACUUGAUAUUGCUGUCAGUGGAUUUUGGGGUGGGCACUUCCAACGAACUUUCUUUGACGUCAGGGUCUUCAACCCUAAUGCCUCAUCCUACAAAUCAGUGCAGAUCCCGUCAUUAUAUAAACGGCAGGAACAAGAGAAGAAAAGGCGAUACGAGGAACGAAUUAAUAACGUGGAGCUUUCAUCGUUCACGCCAAUCAUUUUAGCAUGCACUGGAGGAUGCAGUAAACUGACGUCUAUUUUUUUGAAAAGACGUUUGAGGAUUACUUCGUUAGUUUGUUUUUGGUUUCACCACGAUCCACAACGAUUCUAUAGUGUGGGGGACAGAAAAUCUCUUUCAACGGUCAACCGAGAUUUGAAUUUCAAAAGUCUCCUGUUCUGUUCAGCCUCGUCACUGUCUACUCCUUAA